CGUGUGUAUUACUCUCGUGGCCGUUACACGCCAUUUCGCAGGAGGAAGUCUGUGUAAAGCUUGAGGAUCUGCCAGAGGUCACCAGGAAGGACUGUGACGCGUUCUGCAACGUAUCUGCUUCUGCAUCGAUCAACCCGCCGUUCAACCGCUGAGUUUGAAGUCAUCAUGCGUUACAUCUUGGUCGUCUUUGCGGCGACAGUCGCCUGCAUCUAUGCGCAAAGCUUCAAGUGCCCGGUGAAAGACGGCCAGUACGAGGAUCCGCUGCAGUGUGACAAGUUCUACGAAUGCAUUGAUGGACGUGCCACAGAACGGCUCUGCCCAGAUGGGCUCGUCUUCGACCCGACUAUUCGCAAGAUCAACAAGUGCGAUCAGCCCUUCAACGUUGAUUGUGGCGAUCGAGUAGAGUUGCAACCACCACGAGGUAACAACCUUUGCCCACGUCGCAACGGUUUCUUCGCCCAUCCGGAUCCGGCCGUCUGCAACGUGUUCUACAACUGUAUUGAAGGCGAGGCAACUGAAAUCACCUGCACCGCUGGACUGCACUUCGACGAGUACACGGGAACGUGUGUUUGGCCGAAUGAUGCUGGACGUCAGGGCUGCAAUCCGGGAGCUAACAAGAAACUGAAGGAUGGAUUCACCUGCCCCAAGGAACAGAAAACGGACGAAGCUGGUCAGGUCGUUGCACACCCGAAAUACGCCCAUCCGACCGAUUGUCAGCGGUUUUACGUCUGCCUGAACGGUGUAGAGCCUCGUGACCUCGGUUGCCAGGUCGGUGAGGUGUACAAUGAGGAGACGGAGCGGUGUGAUGCACCAGAAAACGUCCCCGGAUGCGAGGACUGGUACAAGGAGAGCGACGAAAAGAAGAACUAAGCGUUCUACGGGGUCUGCUCUGCUGGUCCAUCCCCUCCAUCAUCUCGUCUCCCACCAACGCCUUCCUGCCUCGCCGUGCGGAGCAAACGCUCCAGCAAGCAAGAAAUUCUAGCAGACUGAAGAACUUCCCCGCCUACGCCUUUCGAUUCCGAUGGCGUGUGCUCCAGAAGGGCGUUUCACGAAACAAAUAUGUUGAGAAAACAUCACAAAAAAGAGAGAAAAACACGCACGAACAAAUUGAACGACGGAUGGUGUCCAUCAUCGUCGGAGGCGGCGUCACGCCAAUGAUAAGACUCAUUACUUUUGUACUUUUGUUUUAAAAAAUAUGUUAAACCCCUACCGUACUACUGUACUACUCCCUCAAUUAUUAUUGAGUAAUAAAAAAAAUA